AUGGUUCCUUUUUGGUUAACAUUACUUGUACACUGUGAAUGUGAAUUUCUUACUGGAGAGAAUAUUGAGAAAAUGAUCACAAACGAUUUGAGAUCAUCGUCUCCGUUGUCCUUAACAAAUUCUUCAUUUGGUUAUGACCUGGUGAAUCCUACUACUACUACUACUAUCAGUACUCUUCCAUCUAAAGAGAAUUUGAGUUUCCAAAUAUCAGAAAUUCUUGAACUGGAUGAUUCAACUGAUUCGGAAAUAAUCGUUAAACAGCUACAGAUAAAAGGACGUCAAGCACUAAUAAAUGAGAAAAGUAGAAUUGCAGAAGUUGUCUACUUGGAACAAAUGAUGGAGAAGAGUGAUUUACUAAAUCUACUGAAACAGUAUUUUGAACAAGAGUGGUAUCAGUCAGUUACAGACGAUGAAACGUGGUUUAAAGAAUACUUGAAACAACAGAAACUCGAUUCAACCGCUUUGUACGAUGAAAUUCUAACCCGUACAGCUGAAUACGGUAUCACCUAUUUGAAAGAUAACACUAUACUUUCGUUAGUUAUUCAGUUCAUUUUCGAAUUUGAUGAUGAAGAUGGUACGAUCUACGAGAAAUUUGAUGAUAUCUGGCGAACAUUGACCACAUCUGGUCGACAGAAUUUAAAGAAAUAUGAAGAUCAGUUGUCAACAGCUACAGUGGAAGAACAACUGAGAGAUGCAAGUCCACUGUACUUAGCAUUACAGCAGUACUAUCGUCAGCCGUUAAAAGACCUCUUAAAACAGAGUAAAAUUUCAGAUCGUCGCAAUACUGUAGAUACUGCUCUUCAGUGCGUUGUUAAUAAUGGCUGGUGGCAGGGUUUACAUAAUUCAAAUUUUACCAGAUUAAUUGCGAAAGUUAAAUUUGAUUUUCUGAUUACACAUCUGAAACAGUAUUUGAAUGAGAAUAAUUUACCUGUGCCAGUAACAGGUGAUGAAGUUUCAACAGUCGCCGCUGCCUUCGGAAGUUCUUCUGUUUCUUCCACCAUAACUGCAGAAAUGUUAACACCGCCGUCAUCACAGACAACAGACGACCUUAGUCUAUCACAAGUCAGUUCUACCACGGAUGUCUGCUCAAUGCCCAGCACUUUGUCGAGUCAAGAUUCAAAUACCAUUCUAAUAGCCAGAAUCGCUCUUCCUUCUUCAUCACUGUCUACUACUAUUAGUAAUAAUAUUACUACGGAAAAUUUUUCAUCACCACCAGCGUCACCUCCAUCAAAUACAUUUAAUUUCUUCACUCAACAAGAAACAGUUAGCGAAAUUGGAGAACAAAAUCGGAUUGCAGCUGCAGCCGAUCAAGAACGACGUUCGAUUUUAUCGUGUGUCAUGAACAGCGAUGCAGCAAAACUAAAUUUAUCCCAGUUAGUUCAAGCGGGUGAACUAAUGUACAUUGGUAAAAAACGUGAUGAAAUUCUAUCAGUCAUCGUCACUCAUUUUCGUCAGACUAACAAUUUUCCUUUGUUCGUCGAUGAAUGUCUAAUUCCAAUCAUGUAUUUAAUUAAACGCUAUCAAAAUUUAGAUGACUUUAUAGAAGCUCUAUCGUCAAAACUCUCACGAGUAUUUUUAUCUGUAACUGAAUUACCAAAAAUUAGUUUACGAAUGCUAAUACAUUUUCUUCUAAUGAAAUGUGAUAUAUCCUUAAGUCGAAUGAUUAUGACCUUGUUGUCUAAACGUAAUCCCGUUCCGUUUCUUAAUCCUUCAACAACAUCACAAUACUCUAUCGUACCUGAAAUUAUUCACGUAUGGAACUAUGAAAUGCCGACACUUCUGUCGUUCGGCAUUGGUCAGUGUUCCGGUAAAUCAACGUUAUUGAACGCUCUGUUCAUGUCAACAUUCGAAGAAUCAUCAUCGUCCAUUUAUUUUCAGCAGACAAUUGACAUUGAUUUCGGUUACGGUUUCUUAAGGACAUCGCCACGACAUCUGAACAUUGCCGAUACACAUGGGAGAAUGACGAAACAGUUACUCUGUAAAAUCCACGAGUUAUUCGAUGGUUUUCUGUUGCACGUUGACUAUUCGUAUCUUCUAAAGAACACUGAAACUGUUCUCGAUUUCAGUGACACAUUAACGAGUAGAAAAUUUCGUCUACUUCUUAUUCGUGAUUCACCUUCAUCACAACUUAAUCAAAACGAUUCGUUAGUUUUAACACGUGUCUCUAGCCGUAUUCAGACAUUUAUGCUCCCAUCUAUUGCUAAUCAAAAUAAACAGAGUAAACAGUUGAUUAGAACACUAAGUGAAAUUAUCUUAGGGAAACAGACAUUUCCAUCUCCUACGAGUGACAAAGAUUUUAUUAAAAGUGAAUUGAAUCGUCUGAUAAACGACAAUAAUUAUAAAGAGCAUUUAACUGAAAUCGAUAGGACAAUUACACCGUUAAAACUUAAAUUACUUCAUUUGGUCAGAAAUGAGAAUUAUGUAACGGAAUACUAUCCAGAAUAUUCUAAUUUUGUUGAACUAUGUAAAUUACAACAAAAAUUAGUAAAACUUAAUUUCUACGGAGAAGAUGAUGCUGUUAUAUACCAAGUUCGUCAAGGUAUCAUUAAACUAAAAGCAAGGCAGAAUUCAGUCAAAGAUGGUGGUAUUAUUUUUGAUUUGUUUGUAAAAAUAUUAAAAGCACCCAACGCUCUAAUGUGCCUAAAUCUCUUAGCAGCACAACUGAAAGAAGAGCGUGAUCGUUUCAUUUCAACCGGUGAGAUGGCAAAACAGUUGCCGAUUGAACGAAAUUUAUCUCUGGAAGUCCUUUGGCGUAAUGCAAUCGUGUGUAGUCGUUACCAGCCGUCGGAUGUCGAAGAAAUAAUUAUACAACGUUAUCUUCAGUCGGUUGAAGCCGGUCUUCCGUUUGAAAUAAUUGAUGGUGAUAACUAUCAUUUCCCAUAUGUGUUUCUAACAAAAGUAUUAUCGUCAGAAAUGGCAUCGUACUUCGCGAAUAAAACAGUUUUGAUAAUCAGUGUUCUUGGACCACAAAAUUCGGGAAAAAGUACGUUGUUAAACUACAUGUUUGGUACGUUCUUUGAUGUUCGUGAUGGCCGUUGUACACGUGGUAUCUAUGGUUCAUUUAUGAAAUCAAACAGACGUGAAUUUGAUUAUAUUCUGCUAAUUGAUACUGAGGGCUUGUUCGGUGUAGAACGUGAAGAUAAAGAAUUCGAUCGACGAUUAGUAUUAUUCUGUUUAGCUGUGUCACAUUUAGUUAUUGUUAACAUGAUCGGCGAAGUAAAUGAAUCGCUGAAGACAAUGUUAACAUUGUGUGCUGAUUCCCUGAAAGAAAUGGGUGUUAACCGUGUUCCACAGCCAAUUGUCCACUUUGUAUUGAAUCAGAAAGCUGAUUUAAACAUCCAAAAUCAUAAAGCAGCGAUUGAUAAGAUCAUAACGGAUCUGAAAGCUUUUGAUCUGAGUGGAAUGAUCGAUAUUAAACCGGAAACAUUUCAUACUUUACCGAAUGCAUUCAAGAAAGAACGUGGCUCACUGAACGAUAUCAGUUUACCGUAUUUAAUAAAAACUGAGCCGGACUUUGUUGAACUAGUACAAUUGCUGACAGGUAAAAUUAUUGACUCAGCAACGGAAUGUCUUUCGCGUUCUUCUGACCAGUUUACUGACCCUAUACAUUGGCUUGAAUCUUCAAUUACAAUAUUUAAUACUUUACAAAAAUUUGCUGAUCUAACCUAUUACCGUGAUAUAAAUGAACGUCGUCAGGACAAUGAAGUACGUGAGUAUAUAAGCACGAAACUUCAUCAGGAAUUCUCUUCCAAAUAUUGUGAUCAACUUACCAGCCAAUCUGCAAGUAAGAAAGAACGUGAAAUUGAAGAUCUUCUUCUGCCCGAAAUACAGAAGAAACAGGAUGAAUUGAAUGAUGAACUUGAAAAUCGUUUAAAACUGUUAAAAACAUCUGAUACAAUACGUACGAGGAGUAGACAGUUCUUAAAAGUACAAAUUAUUGAAAUGUUUAAUGCACUAAGAACACAAUGUAAAAUAGUGAGUGAAAGAGCACAAAUUCAACUGCUGGUGCAAAAUGGUGAAGGUGAAUUAAACAAGUUGAUUAAUGAGAUUACAGCCAGAGGUACAUUUAUGUCUGAACAAUCAGCAUCCAGUGAGUUUGAUAAAAUGUUCAAUACAAUCAUCGAUAACAUUAAUCAGAAUUUUGAUCCAAAUGAACGUGUUCAGUUAGCUCUAAAACAUAUCUUUACUAACUACAAUAUCUUUGAAAAAGACUGUUUGCCGGAUUAUCAAAAUUAUAUUUUGGAUCAUCUAGCGUGGUUACAAACUGUACGUAACAGUAAGCACGACGAGAAACAUAUCCUAGAAGAUCUGCACUCACGUUUCACGGNUAAAAUGUUCAAUACAAUCAUCGAUAACAUUAAUCAGAAUUUUGAUCCAAAUGAACGUGUUCAGUUAGCUCUAAAACAUAUCUUUACUAACUACAAUAUCUUUGAAAAAGACUGUUUGCCGGAUUAUCAAAAUUAUAUUUUGGAUCAUCUAGCGUGGUUACAAACUGUACGUAACAGUAAGCACGACGAGAAACAUAUCCUAGAAGAUCUGCACUCACGUUUCACGGCAUUAGCUUACAAGUAUCCUGUGAUACACGAACAUACGUUCAUUCCCGAUUCAAUGAAUCCCUAUUCAACAGAUACAGUUGACAGUCUAGUUCAUCUGAAUAAACAACUAUUAAAACAACGUUUUACUGAAUUCUUACAUGUUAAUUCAGUAACCGAAUCAGAACCAAAACAAGCUAAGAACAAGAGUACUCCUAGACGAGUGUGGAACGCCAUAAUGAAAUGGAAUAGUACUAGUGCAGAAGCGACGACAAAUGAACAGAAUACAGAAAGUAGAUAUAUACAGGCGAGUGAAUGUUUUCUGUUGUUGACACGGCAGGAAAUUGAUAGUGAAUGGAAAAAACCUAGAGAUCGUAGUAAGAUACGUGAAGAAGAGCAUCUCCAUGUACAAGCUUCGAAGCUGAUUGGAAGUGUUAUUCGGCUCGUGGUUGAUGCCACACAUACCAAUGGAAAUGGUAAUACAAGUAGUCUAAAUGAACCACGCCAAAUUCACACUGACCUUAUACAAAAGAUCGUUGGUGCUAUCAACACGUUAAUUAAAGAUAUUAAUCUAGAACUGAGUCCAUUUUGCUUAACACUUAACAAGCAACUGAAAUCAACAUUUCAUACAUGUGCUAUUAUUCUGUUAACAAAAUACUACUUUAACGAGCAGCAACGACAUUUCCUACAGACCCUGUCGACGCUGGAUGAUCGUAAACAAGAACUAAGAUCACAUUUUAUUUCAAUGGUUGUUCCUAAUACAUCGAAUGAUGAUGGCUGUGCAAUUAGUCUGUGUAAGCAAGUUAAAGAAUAUAUUUUAAAAGCUCUGCUUGAAGAUGGUCGAAAACGUAUUAAAUUUGAUUUACAACAGUAUGAUGAUCUGAAUCGUAAAGCGAUACAGGAUAAAUGUGAUGGACGAAUAAUUACAGCUGAAAAACAGUGGUGUCUAGAAUACAUAGAAAAUCCAACAAAGAUUAUUGUAGAAUAUUUUAAUAAUAUGUGGGUUGAAAUUGAACACUCGAUAAAUCAGAAUCUAAUGCAUUUGAAAGCACAGCACACUGAGACGUUGGCAAAUUUUUUUCAUUGUAUGCAAGGUAACUAUCGUCUUACAAGUGAUGCUCAACAGACAUUUAAUCUGCUAGCACAACAGUACAAGCCAAGUGAAAAAUUACAAGCAGUUACAAAAGCAAUGGCAACAAUCUACGAUACAUGUUCAAUUGCCACACUAUCUGCAUUCUUAGAACGUAUUACACAAGAAAGUUCAAAGAUUUUGAAGCAAUUUCAGGUACAGAAUUGUGAUUUUACUACAAUUGACACUGAAGAGACGUAUGCGCGACUACUAGAUAAAAUUCGUGGCUGUCCAAAUUGUUGUCCCUGUUGUGGACGUCCGUGUGAUCAUGAUCAUGCAAAGAUCAAAUCAAAUCCAGGAUCAGAAGAGAACAAGCAUCGUUGUGCAACAGGGCAUGCUCUACGUGCAAUGAAUGGUUAUAAAUUUGAAGAAACUGAAGAAGCUUCAUUAUUUAUGUGUGAACAGAUAACAGAUGAUCAAUACAUUAUUGUUGGUUCUUUACGUAAGAAAUGGUCCCAAUUUAAAUUAGAUCAUCCAGAUUGGAUAUUUGAAUCUUUGUUAAAUAAUGAUGAACUGUCACGUUUACACGAAAAAUUUUUAACUGUAUGGGCAAAAAUCGGCGAAGAUCUCUGUCGUAAAUAUGAUAUGAAAUUCGUUACAUUUAAUACCUAUCGUCAGAGACAACGUCCACAGUCUCUUCACUACGUUCUCCUCCUUGAUGCAUCUGGAUCAAUGUAUGGCAAACCAUGGCAGGAUCUACUAGCUGCUGUUAAAGAAUUUUUAAGACGUCGUCAAGACUUGGUCGGUGUGCAGGAUCACAUAACGAUUAUUACAUUCUCAGAUAAAGCACAUCUGGCGUAUUUUGACAAGGAAAUUAAAGAUGUUAAUGUAGACACUGUGCAGUUUGGCGGUAAUACAACGGAUUUUUGUGCUGCUUUUACACAAGUAUAUCAGUGUAUUCAAAAUUCUAGAAGAGUAGACUUGGAUUUAAAGUAUGCAAUUAUUUUUAUGACCGAUGGAGACGCAAUCUAUCCGGAACAGGAACUUAAUUUAUUAAGUGCAGCACACGGUGUAGUUAUCAAACAGUUUUGGACAUUAGCACUUGGACAUGCAAAGAUGAAUGUACUGAAUAGAAUAAAUGAGAAGAUGAAUGGAACAUAUUUUGACAUCGAAGAGUCAAGUCGAUUGAUUGAUGCAUACGCUGAAAUUGCACGAACAUCGUAG